AUGCCCCUGGGGCUGCGGAGAAAAAAGAAAUUCAACACCAAGGAGACCUCCCGACUGGUGGAGGGCGAGCAUACGGAUGCGGCUGUCCGCAGUGUGCCCAGCCCUCCGGCGCCCGCUCGCAGGCUGGUUUUCCACACGCAGCUGGCCCACGGAAGCGCCACGGGCAGAGUGGAGAAUUUCUCCAGUAUCCAGGAGCUCUAUGCUAAGAUCGCGGGCGUGUUUGAGAUCCCUCCGUCCGAGAUCUUAUAUUGCACUUUAAACACACCUAAAGUUGACAUGGGAAAACUCUUGGGAGCACAAAUAGGUCUUGAAGAUUUCAUAUUUGCCCACAUAAAAGGGAUCAAAAAAGAAGUGAAUGUGUAUAAAUCUGAGGAUUCACUUGGUCUCACUAUUACAGAUAAUGGUACUGGCUAUGCUUUUAUAAAGAGAAUUAAAGAUGGCAGCAUAAUUGAUUCAGUUAAAACAAUCUGUGUGGGGGAUCACAUUGAAGCUAUCAAUGGAGAAAAUAUCAUUGGGUGGCGUCACUUUGAUGUUGCUAAGAAGUUAAAGGAACUAAAAAAAGAGGAACUCUUUACCUUGACAUUAAUAGAACCUAAGAAGGCCUUCGAUAUGGAGCCCAGAUCAAAAGGUGGAAAGUCAUCAACAGGAAAGAUUGGUACAGGAAGGGAGACACUUCGUCUGAGAUCGAAAGGUCCUGCCACCGUGGAGGAAGUGCCUUCUGAAACCAAAGAAAAGGCAAUUGGAAAGGUUGAUGAUCUUCUUGAAUUGUACAUGGGAAUUCGAGAUAUCGAUUUAGCUACUACAAUGUUUGAAGCUGGAAAGGACAAAAGUAAUCCAGAUGAAUUUGCUGUGGCACUUGAUGAAACUCUUGGAGACUUUGCGUUCCCAGAUGAAUUUGUCUUUGAUGUUUGGGGAGUCAUUGGUGAUGCCAAACAAGAAUAAUUAUGAUGUGAAUGAUCGACUCUGGAAGAAUGCACCAUUGUUUCUUAAGAAAAAAGUAAGAUCUGCCUUCAGACACUGUUAUGGACUCUGGCUUGGUUUUAUGUGUAUGAAUACAUUCUUCUGAAAUAUAGUCUUGAUUUUUGGGCACUUUUUAAAUGCAGUUGUAUAUGGAGUAUGCUUAAGAUAAAUUACCUCAAAUGUAACCAAUUUUAAUAUUCAUUCAAAAGCUUUUUAAAAGUUAGUUUUAGAGAGUAUUUCUAGAUAGAUAAUUUUGUUUCCCAUUGACAGCCGUGUUUUAUUUUUCACAUAAAAGUUGAUUGCAAUAGCUUUGUAGUUCUUUUGCAAGAUCUUAAUGUAGUAAAAACUAGGAUUGCAGUAUAGUUUGCCUCAUAGAGUCUUCAUUUUGUUAUACUAGUUUUAACAGGAUGGGUUCAGAACAUGAAAUGUGAAUUAUGCCUCCUAGAUGUCUAGUAACAUUUUUUUUUUAAACCUGCUGAGUAAGAGGAGGAAGAGUCCUACAGCCUAUUAAAGUCUAUGGCCUACUUUCUGUCUUU